AUGCCUACCGAUCCUGACGGCGACUCUCAAAUGGCAUCCUCGCCUGAAUCCCAGUCUGGCUUCCCACAAGAGGACUCCCCAGCUGGAUCCCGCACUCCGACCGCUACCACCGCUUCCCACAAUUCCCGGGCUCAGUUCGCAGCAGCAUCGGAGCUCUCUCCGCCUGGGUCGCAGACGAAACAAAUUUCUGGAGUCAGCGGGGCAGCAAUGGGAAUGGACAAGGGUAUCCCGAUCUCGGCAGAGUCUCAGCAACAGCAACCCGGGGCGUCGUGGAUGAAUAAACGGGCAGAGGAAGAGUAUCAGCGAGCUAUGGAGUUUGUGGUUGAUAAGGACUUUAGUUUGAGCGAGUUCGGAGAUCCGUUCGAUGAGAGAGACAUGGAGGAGAACAAAUUACAGCUUGAAGAAGACCGGUUCAGAUUCACUCCCGUCAAGGCGUCGGCGGCUCCCCGGGUCUGGGAUCGCAAGCCCUCCACAUCCUUCUUGGGCCGCACCAAGUCUCGCAAAGUGUGGAAGCGUUUCCGUACCUCGUUCAACAGCAUGAAGGCGCUUCAGCAGAUGAUCGCUGCAGAGCAGGACGGCAUUCAUGACGACCUACACACUGAGAUCAAUACGUCCAAAAAUUUCGAGUUUCUGCGCGGCGUCAAGCGACGAUGCCUUAAGAUUGACCACGAUGCCGACGAUAGCUCUGAUGCUGGAAUGGAGCGUGGGCGGUCGUUUUUAGAGACAAAGUGGGAGUCGGAGAUGGGAGGAAGAAGACGUAAACUUCCCAUGGAAUAUACAAUCCCAUCCCAAACUUCCUCGGAGGCCAUGACUAUUGAGGGUGAGGAAUCGGAUAUUAGCAACCAGAAUGACGCUAUGGGUCAGGAGGACUUGCACGAUUUGUCCACGUCGAGCGUCGAAGUUGACGUGCAGGAGACCGUUUCUGGUCACGACGAAUCUCUGGCCUCUAUGUCAGAGACGCCAGUGAAGUCGGGUCAAGAUUCGGCCUAUCCCAGCGCGCUACAUGGCCUGUCCAGCUGUACAAGCAACGCAAUGGUUGAGGACAUUUCAAACAUAAAUACGGACAAGGACAUGGGCGAGCCUGCUCAUACCGCAACUCUUGAAAAAAUCGAUGAUGUAGCCCCGGGCUCAGCGUUUACAGAUGAUCGACAGACUGAGUUGUCGGACGAACAAGCAUACGCCACGACCAUCGAAAAUAACGUGCAAACCGAGGACACUACUACAACUACAGCACCAGCCACAACCGAAGUGGUUGAAGAUCUGACAGGAGAGAAGGAGUCGACUUUGGUUCGAUCGGCACUACGCAGUUCACUGGAUGGGGAGGAUGCAGCACUACUCAACAACUUCCUUUCCAAAGCCCAAGCGAAGCGCGCUGCCAAAGCAGUCAUGACCUCUCCAGAAGCAGAAGAAGAGAAAGCCAUUAUCCAGGAAGAGCUGGUGGCUGAAUUCCCCACUCCACGAUCUCGUCGGGCUUUGGAAGAGCUAGACGCCAAUUCACCCUCGCCUCAGAAACCUCAGUUGUCGCCGUGCAAGGCCGAUAGCCCCCGCAAGAACACCCCGGAUGUGAACGAGCCAGCGAACAAGGAUAACAGUGAGGAGGCCGCGGACCAGCAACAGCCCGCCAGUCCGGUUGGUCGCCGGAGCACCAGAAUGCGUCUAUGCAAGCCUGCACCGCGGACAGCCUCUGCUCCUGCUGUUCGCAACCACCUCUCACUCCGCCGAGCGAAGGGAACAGAAUUUGUCUUCCUCCAGCGAACUGAAGCCCAGGAGCUCGCCUUGGCCACGCGCAAGAAUACCCGGAACAACAAGGGAGAUGCGGUGCUGCCGAAGUUCGUUCUUAAGGGGCUGGCCCAACAAUGGUCAGAAGAUGAGGAAUCAUCCUCCAACGCUGAUAACAGCAAGUCUGCACGGUCAGACCGCAAGGGUUCUGGCAAACGAUCGAGUACAAAGAAACAGGUUUCCUGGAAUGAUGAGCGACUUGUUGAAUACGAAGAUGGUGGUGCAGAGGCCAGUCAUCGCGAUGAAGCCAAGGAUGACGUUGCUGAUAGCAAGGAGAAAUCAGCGACAAAGCAACGCCCCGAGAAAAAGAAGGCGACCAGUGGUGGCCGCAGCACACGGUCUCAGGGAUCAUUGCAAAAAACUGGUGAUGGCAGCACUGAAUCCCCGACUGCAUCGACUACUGCACCUGCUACUGCAGCCCCGAAAACGCGCAUGCGGCGAUUGGGAGCAUCGGGCUCCAACUCCACCUCGACUGCCGCAACGUCGCCAACAACAACCUCAUCCCCUGCGAAUAGCAAACGCAAGAAGUUGACACCCAAGUCUCCCAGUAGCACUCUGCUGCCGACGCCUGCUUCCAAGAGUGCCAGCACUACCAGCAAGUCGUCGGUCAGUGGCAGUGGGCGCACCACCACCACGUCGGGCAAGAGUAAGAGCAUCCUCCAGGCGAAUGCUGGAUCAACACCGAUGCCAAGACGGAUUCGGUCAAAGGCAUGA